AAUUUUUCUGAUUUUCGCGUAUAAAUAUCUGCCUCGGUUGUUGAUUGAAGGCAUAACACAUUUGCGGUUAACAAUAUCUAGUGGUAGUGGUACCUUCAAGUCUUCAAUUCUAAAAACUUUGGAAAACUCGACUCAAAACAAAAUGUUCAAAUUGGUCGUUGCUCUGUCUGCUCUCUGCGCUGUUGCCUCCGCUGGCUACAUUGGUGGCUAUGGACUCGGCGGACAUGGUGGUUAUGGACUAAGCGGAUUGGGCUAUGGCGGUUACAGUGGUAUUGUUGCACCAGCAUAUCACGCACCCGCCCUUGUGGCAUCCGCACCAAUUGUCAAGACCUACAGCGCACCCAUUGUAGCAGCCCCUGUGGUGAAGACCAUCGCUCCCUUGGCUACAUCAUACGCCAACACAUACAAAGUGGCCACCAAGGCGAUCCCUGUAGUGCAUGCCGCCCCUGCUUUGGUGCACGCCGCUCCAGCUGUAUAUGCCGCACCUGCCUACCACGGGUCUUUGGGAGGUUAUGGUUUGAACUACGGCUAUGGCCAUGGUUAUUUGCAUUAAGGAGUGAAUUUGAAGGGACAGUGGAGAAAUACUUGGUUUGGACAAGGAUAUGACAACGGCUAAUGAGUUACUUAACGUUAAUACAAAAUAAAACUAAUGCCAGCACAAGUAGAAGUAAGGAGAUGGAAACAACUAUUUCCAUGUUGAUAAAUCUUGCCAGCAGCGCGUAGGUACAGAAGUGCUAUAUUUUUCUACAGUGAACUAUUUCAGAGAGACUGGAGUGAGUUAAUAAUGCAGACUAUUCAUAAUAAUAAGAACAGCGACCAGCGUGAUUGGAAGUCACUUUUGCAGUGAGUGAGCCGAGCAGAGCUGAGAAACCUUAACUGCUAACAACCAACGAGUAUUUUUUCUGCAGAAGUUUUGUUUGUUUGUUUCGUGUGUUUAAUAUUGAGCCUAAUUUUUAAGUAUUUUGUAAUAAAUUGUUGAAAAGAAAUCGAAAA